UUUUAUCACCCCUGAAUUUUCGGCCGCAAUGUCUUAUGACCGUUUUUGUCUUCUGAACAAAUGCCUACAUUUUAAUGACAAUGCUUUAUGUUCGACGGAAAGAUUAAACAACAGUGAGGCGAAAUUACAUAAGUUGCAGCCAAUAUUGCAGCAUCUUAAUGACAAAUUCACUUCACUGUACAUGCUAGGGCAAAACAUUGCACUUGAUGAAAGUUUGACGAUGUGGAAGGGUCGCUUAAAUAUUAGGCAGCACAUCCCAAACAAAGCAGCGACAGUAGGCAUCAAGACGUACGAAAUAUGUGAAUCUCAGACGGGAUUCCUGUGGCGUUUUGAGGUAGAAGCACGCCAAGCCUCCACGAGCGAAGAAAAAACAAAUCCGCUGUCAGGGAAGAUACCGACUUUGGUGCUUAGGCUUUUACGAGGAUUAGAGCACAAAGGACACACUGUCUGGAUGGACAACUUCUACAAUUCCCCUACUCUUGCAAGAGAGCUCAAAGUACAGGGGUUCGACUGCGUCGGAACUCUGAGGACUAACCGCCAAUAUGUACCUGCUGAGUUGACAAAUUUACAACUAAAAGACAUGGCCGUUGGUCAAGUUUGUGGAUGCACCUCUGGGGACGUCGAUCUAAUUGUGUGGAGGGAUAAAAAGCGAAUAGCUCUUAUAUCUACUUACCAUGGCUUAACUACAGUGGAGGAUGCAGACACAAUUAAGCCUGCUUUAAUAGCUGACUACAACAUUUGCAUGGGGGGAGUCGAUAAAAAGGACCAAAUGCUUGCCAUGUACCCCAUAGAGAGAAACCGAAAUAGAAUCUGGUACAAAAAAUUUUUUAGAAGACUUUUAAACGCUAGCACAUUAAAUGCAUUCAUUUUGCUUAAGGCAUUCAAACAAUUUACUCAUAGGCAAUUUAGGCAAACAUUGGUGUUACAGUUAUUAGAACGCCAUAACACUAACAGAAGUCGCAAUCGACCUGCUUUACUAUCCCAACGGCAUGUGCCGCAACACUUUGAGCGACCCGCCGCAGGGUCUAAUGACACUAAGCGUCAUCUUCGACGCAAAUGUGUUGUUUGCUCGAAAAGAACGACAACUUUCUGUGAAGGCUGUAGUGGCAAGGCUCUUUGCGUACCUAAAUGCUUUUCUCAGUAUCAUGAAUAACUUGUGCUUAUUUAUGACAUUGUGAGAAUUUGGUAGAUAAUUUGUAUGUCUCUAUAAAAUAAAUAUACUUACUUACUUUAUUGCGUAAGAGAACGGUAGACCUAUAGAGCAUUGUCAUUAGUUUUAAUUAAGUUAGACGUAAAUCGACCUAUUGUUGUUCUGUUAAUGUUCUCAUAUUUUUAUACUUCGUCGGUGGCUAACAAGCGUACUACCCGCCUGGUGUUAUCCAGAUUUAGCAAGCUAUGUACUACUACAACCUCCCAAAGACUCUCAAGGCUUGUUGCUGUGAAGAUUGGCCGUGUUGAAAGCGAGAUGAACAAAAUGUAACACAUAAUAUUAUUAUCAUUUUUUAGCCAUUUUUAAUUAUAAUAAUAUUUUUAAAUUUUUAAUAAAAAAAAAUUGGGAUACUUGUUUGUUGCUUUGCCUGUUUACAAAACUUAAUAACAACCAGCCCCUGCUUCUUCUUGUUAGCUCAAGUAUUAGCCCCUCGCCAGUACGUUUGUCUGCUUUAUUACACAAAUUCGUAAUGUCGCCAACGAAGUUAACAUCGGGCUUCACCACAGAAGCUGGCGGUGGGCAAAAUGUUAAAAUCGGGCCUCGUCACUGACGAGGGUAAGUAGCUUUUUGACAAUUAGUCGUAUCCAUAUUAUUCAACGCUGUUGGUUGCUUACAACAGUAGCGUUUUUGUUGGGUUUAUAAUUAAAAUAUUUCUAUGCUUCUGUUAGAAUGUAGUACUUUUAUUAACUUUAUCUUGUUGUAAGUAUAUCGAAAUUAUCGAAACAUAUCGUUUCUCUCACCAGAACAUAAUGAUUAGUCUGCUAUAAUAAAAUAUGUAAAGGUGUUAAUUUUGAAAGACUGAAAUAGACUUUUUUAAACCAUGUACUGGAAAAAAUGUACUAAAUCUAACAGCUUCGUUUGUCUGUGAAACUGAGCUACUGGAUCAUUUUUACUGUUUAAAAAAGAAAUAAUAUACAAAUAAGAGUCAUUCUUUGAAUUAUAAGCAUGUAAAGUACCAUCUACUUAAGGUAGUUCUAAAGACAUACCCAUUAUGGUAUGUCACUUAAAACUGUUUUUUUGUAUUUUUUUUCUAUUGCAGGGUAUUAAAAAGGCUAAUGUUUAGCAAUACUUAGUGGUAAAGGCAUGUAAAUAAAGCUAAUUUGAAUAAUUAUA